UAGCUUGGUAAACAUCCCAAGACGGCAUAAAGUCCGAAGGGUAGUCUCCAUCGCUCGCUAAGACAUGAUUCCAUGUGAUAUGAAGUGGAUGGGCAACGGGGGCAGCAUGUAAUACUGCUCAUAUUCUCGAACUUCCCAUCUCGUCUGUUAUGAUUCCUAUUCCGUGGUUGAGCUGAAUCGGAGCCUCAGCUUCGAGUCAAAGAGAAGAGGACGACACCUUAGAAACCUCCCAACAACUAGCCAAUUAUCGUCAUGUUGUUCUUCAAGCUCUUCCUGGCGGCUCUGGCGCCUAUCAGCCUUGUCGCCGAAAGCGCACCGCCAGCAGCAUCAACACCAGACUUGGACCUUGAUGCACUUCUCGCAAAGCACAACCUAGCUUUAGUACCCCGGUCGGAUCUGACAGACGCCCUGACAGAGCUUAAUGGCCUUCUCAGAAGAAACCAGGUUCAGCAACAGAAAGUCGCACUAUAUCCGCGACAGAAGAGCAACAGCAACAGCACCGGUUCUGGUUCUGGUUCGAACUCUGGGUCUGGUUCCGGAUCUAGCGGCGGUCUUGACCUCGGAGACCUUGGAGGGCUCGGUGAUUUGGGCCAGAUUCUUGAAAGUCUGACGAAGCUCAUUACACAGUUGGGCGAUCUCGGGGGUUAUCUUUCGGCUAUCCAGCAACUAUUGAGCGAUGAGUUCUUGCAAGCCCUACACGAUGCUAUGGUGUACCUUGCACAGACACUCCGUCCGCCCAUUCCAAAUAUCGCUAGGAAUGUCCUCACCAAGGCUGAACCGCUAAUCGACCUGCUCGGUUCCUUAGAUUUAGAGGGUAUCGUAGACGAGAUUAAGGGCAUCGACUUGAAGGGUAUACUCAAUGCCCUACAACCCCUUCUAGCCCCUGAAUCGAUCAAGGGCCUCGUUAGUCUGUUGAGUAAUACAGAAAAGCUUCUGACUUCGGAGACUGUCGAGGCUCUACAGUCAAUAUUAUCAAGUGUACAGCCACUGAUUGACCAUCUCUCGAAGAUUGACCUUGAGGGUAUACUCGAUGCCUUAUCUCCCCUUCUCACGUCAGAUUCAGUCAAGGGUAUAGUGAGCUUGUUACACAAUGCUGGAGAUCUUUUGACGUCGGAUACUGUUGAUGCGCUCAAGUCGCUGCUUUCCAGUGCCCAACCCCUCCUUGAUAGCCUCAAGGAUAUUGAUCUUCAAGGAUUACUCGAUGCGAUAGCCCCACUCCUAACAGCAGACUCAGUCAAGGGUAUCGUCGGUCUACUUGGCAAUGCUGAAUCUCUUCUUACCAAAGAUUUUGUUGACCAGACUAAGUCUCUGAUUUCUGGAGCUGGGCCACUCCUUGAAAGCCUAAAGCAAAUCGAUCUACAAAGCUUGAUAGAUCAGAUCUCGCCAAUCCUUAAUGAACUCGGUCAACUUGACUUGAAGGGCUUGUUUGAAGCUAUCAGCCCACUUUUGACAUCAGACUCUAUCAAGGGUAUCAUAGGGUUGCUUGGCAAUGCUGAGAAUUUGCUGACUGGAGAAUUCGUCGACCAGACCAAGUCUCUGAUUUCUGGAGCUGGGCCACUCCUUGACAGCCUGAAGCAAAUCGACCUGCAAAGCUUGAUAGAUCAGAUCUCGCCAAUCCUUAAUGAACUCGGUCAACUUGACUUGAAGGGCUUGUUUGAAGCUAUCAGCCCACUUUUGACAUCAGAUUCCGUCAAGGGUAUCAUAGGGUUACUGGGCAACGCCGAGAACUUGCUGACUGGCGAAUUCGUCGACCAGACCAAAUCUCUCAUCGCAGGAGCAGGACCUUUACUUUCGAGUUUGGGCGAUAUCGACCUGAAAGGUCUGCUCAGCCAAAUUUCGCCCUUACUCGAUAGCCUGAGCAAGAUUGAUCUCCAAGGUCUACUUUCGGCCGUCGAGCCCUUAUUGACGCCCGACUCAGUGAAAGGUAUCGUUGGGCUUUUAGGCAAUGCUGAGGACCUGUUGACGACACAAUUCGUUGAUCAGACGAAGACGUUGAUAUCUGGUGCCGUGCCAUUGAUAUCUGCCGUCGGCAAGCUUGACUUAGAGGGUCUUAUCGAGCAAGUGAAACCACUACUAGAUUCUCUAAGUCAGAUUGACUUGGGUGGUCUGGUCGAGAAGAUUCAACCUAUUCUUGACGCUAUAGGCCAGAUUGAUAUCGCGGGAUUAGUCAAACAAAUCACGCCAAUUCUGAACUCCCUUGGGCAGAUUGAUCUAUCCGGUCUCAUAGACAAGAUACAGCCGAUACUUGAUGCUGUGGGUCAAAUCGACUUCGCGGGUCUGAUUAAACAGAUCACCCCGAUCCUGAACUCCUUAGGCCAGAUUGAUCUAGCUGGUCUUAUCGAAAAGAUACAACCCAUCUUGGAUUCUUUAGGUCAAAUUGAUUUCGCAGGGUUAAUCAAACAAAUAGCCCCUAUUCUAACCACAUUGGGCGAAGUUGAUAUAAAGGGCAUCUUCGACGCUGUCUCCCCUCUACUCACGCCGUCCUCUGUCGACGGUCUUGUAGGACUUGUCGAUAACGCCGAGUCACUCUUGACGAAGGAAUUCGUCAACGAAACUCAUACCAUCAUCGACGGCGCAGCGCCGUUGGUUGGAGCUCUAGGAAAAAUCGAUAUCGGAGGUCUCUUGGACCAAGUCAAGCCACUUCUCAGCUCAUUAGGUCAAAUCGAUCUGGCUGGUCUCAUUAAGGCUGUCAAGCCUCUCCUCGGAACUCUGAGCCAGAUUGAUAUCCAAGGAAUUGUUGAACAGGUCACGCCUUUGAUUACACCAACUUCCGUCAAGGGAAUAAUAACCCUACUCGGAAAUGCGGAGAGUUUACUGUCAGCUGCAUUCGUCUCACAGACGACGGAGUUAAUAGGCGACGCCACACCCAUCGUAGCGACAUUAUCAGAUUUCGUCAACGCCAUUCUUCAGGCGUUGCUUGGGAAUUCAUGAUCCAGGUGAAUGCAUAACGCAGCAUCGGGGAAAAAGAUGCGGGCGACAUCACGAAUAAUGAUGUAGUAAUGAAUAUUAAUGGAUUGAAAUAAUAAGAUGUUGCACUGCCCCAAACGUGGCCUGUGCACCUGCCAAGGCGGUGAGCCUAGGCAGACUAGACCCAUACUAGCUUGGCACUUUCUAGAUAUUAUCUUGCCGCUUGCAGGCAACAUAAGAUGCAUCGUGAUAUAUGCAUGAAUUAUGGAGUGCAUGAUUUAUUCAUGGGCUGUUAUGAAAGAUAAGGUACGAAGACAUCUAGAUGUAUGGGCGACUGUCAUAAUUUACUCCCCAAGUAACCUA